GAUCCGUCUCGUUUGGCCUUCUUGGGGGACCACCUGAGUGGUCAACAACCCCAUGAUGCUGAAGUAAGUUGAUGAAGUCAUCGACUCCUUUUUGACUACUGCCCUGUCCCCCGCAACUCGUUUCCAAAUCUCCUCAAGACUGCUUUGUGGAUCCUUGUGGUUUCGGCCAGUGAAGAGUUGCCAGAUAUGUCGGAAGCGCUCAAGUUUUCUUGGAGUAAGAAAUCAGCCGGUGCCAAGCCAGCACCCCCGCUGGCGGCCGGCAGCGGGCUCACGAUCGCGCAGGAGGCGGCGCGGAACGAGGACCCGUCGGCGGGGCCGCGGACGGCGGAGGAGGAGGAGAAGCAACGGAAGCGCCUGGAAGCAUGGAAGAAGAUGCAGGCACAGCAAGAGAAGAAGGAUGAGAAGGCGCAGGAGUCCAAAGAGACGACUGCGCUGUCCGAGAAGGACCAGAUGGCGCAGGUGCGCGCUGCCUUGAAGGAGGUGAAUCAACGGAAUCGCGACCUAGGAGUCCGGAAGAAGAAGAAGCGGAAGAAAUCCAGCUCAAGCUCCAGUGAGGUGCUCAUCACCUCCACGGACAAUGCGGACGUCCUCAUCACCCGCGCCGACGCCUCCGGCGCCGCGGCGCAGCGGGCGCGCGCGGCCGCGGCGGCGAGUGCGGGGACGAUUGACCUGGAGGAGGAGGCGGUGCCGGAAGCGCCGGUGCAGCCGAAGGAGCGGAAGGAACCGGAGGUGGAAAGUGAAAAGGAAGAGGAGACGACCUUUCUGUAG